AUGACCUGCCGUGACCCUUCUCAGAUAACUCCCAGUGUAUUAAUAAUGAAGUCAUUAAUAAAGAACCAACCUGACCUUAACGAUAUAUUGAUUGCUUUAAACCAACUCCAAUUAGACAGCCAAACACUCCAUCAGGAAAAUGCAGACUUAAAGAAUACUCUCAACCAACUUCAUGCUCUUGGAGAGAUGAAUGGCCAAUAUAGAGAACCCAAAUUGCAACCAAAUCACUACCCCAAUAACCAAACGCAAGUAGGACUUCUUGGAAGUCUGCUCAUGGGAUCAGCUCUUGCAUGGUUUGCCUCCCUGCUAGAAAAACAAUCAGAACUAUUGGAUGACUUUGAUAUGUUAGUUAAAGAACUUAAGGCAAUGUUUGGUGAUGCCGAUAAGGCCAGAACAGCCACCAAUAAGAUACGAAAACUCAUUCAGAGAUCAAGACUGGCCUCAAGUUAUGCUUCAGAAUUUAGGCAAAUUUCUGGUGAUUUAGAUUGGAAAGAAGCCACAUUGAUCGACCAAUUCAGAACAGGUUUACGAAACAACAUAAAGGAUUUACUUCUUAUCUUGGAAGACCCCAUUUUACUAAAUGAUGCAAUUUCAAAGGCAGUACAUUGUGAUAACUGA